AGGUCCAUGGGCAUCCCAGCUCCAUAGGCAUCCCAGCUCCAUGGGCAUCCCAGCUCCAUGGGCAUCCCAGCUCCAUGGGCAUCCCAACUCCAUGGGCAUCCCAGCUCCACGCUGCCCUCUGGGCAAAGCCAUUGGCCACAAACUCAUCAACACAUCCAUCCACAGGCUCCCUUGGAUGGUCUGAGAGGGAUGUGGAGGUGGCUUUGUUGGUGUGAUGCUGAUAUUGAUGUUAUCAUAGAACAAUAGAACCAUUUAGGUUGGAAAAGAUCUCCCAAGAACAUCAACCGUUAACCCAGCGCUGCCAAGUCCACCACUAAACCAUGUCCGUGUUAUGGAGUGGUCAGCAGAGGUUGACUUGAUGCUGUGGUUGAUAUGAGAGGAGUCCAAGUGACCAAAAUGAAGGCAAAGAUAUGCUGGUCCAAAUCCAUCCAACAGGUUUCCCUUGUUAAUGGUUAUUUCCCAUUGCAUCUCUCAGUUUCUGUUGUUGCAUCACAGGAGUUUCACUUUGCUGUGCCCCAAGGCACCUUCUCAGAUGGGCAAAAUAACCUCAUUAACUAAGGGACUCUCUUACUGAAGAGAAGGAAACAAAGCAGAAUAUACCCCAGACAGAGGGAUGUGGGGUGGGGGGUCCUGUGUGGGUGUUGUUGAGGAGAUGUAAAGGUGGUGCAGCUCCUUGGAGGUUGUGUCCCAGGCAUGUGUGCCCCUGAGAGCCCACUGGGAAUGAAGUCCUGUCUCCUCAGUGAAGAAAUACAGCCCUAACAGUUGUCCUAGAAAAUCUGGGCGAAUAAAGUGAAGUUUCUUGUCUGAGCAGUUGGAAGGUGAAGUUUUAUUGAGCUUCUUUGCCAGAAAAUCCCAUUUGAUGAAAUAGACUGGCAAAAACAUCAUCUUUCCCAGUGUCCCAUGUAGGAAAAGAGCUGGAAGACUGCCAUGAAGUGCAGUGACUGCAGUGACAUGAGCUGUGACUCAAGCAAUAGUUAUACCAAAAAUGCCCAAAUGGCUAAUGAGCAUCUCUGGCUACUUUCAUGCUUGUCCUUUGAUGGUAUUUGGGAAGCAAAGGGAGAUGUGGGAUGCUGAGAAGUGCAGGAGCCAUGACCAUCAUUAUCCUAGGAUGGCUUAUCCCUGUUGCACUGUAAGGGAAUGGUUAUUCCUGAAGGUGAGGGUGAUGGAGAAGAGGGUGGAGAGAGCACAGCUGUCUCUUCCACACGCACCUAGCAGCAAAUUCAUCUUACCCCAACCUCAGGCUGGUUGUCCAAGGUGGACCACACUAGUAGGUGAGAAAUCAGGAUGUGUUUAACAUUGCACUUGUGUCUCAGCGUCUCCAGAAGGUAACUCACAUUCCAGGACAACUUGUGAGUUCAGCCUGGAGAAGAGAAGGCUCCAGGGAGACCUUAGAGCACCUUGCAGUACCUAAUGGGAGCUCCAAGAGAGCUGCAGAGGGACUUUGGGCAAGGGCCUGGAGUGACAGGACGAAAGGGAAUGGCUUCAAACUGACAGAGGUUUGCAGAGCUCUUCUUUGCAAAAUCUUCUGCUUCUUCCUCAAAAUUAACGAGAUGAUUAAUUAAUUAAAUUAUUUUUUUAAUUAUUAUUAAUAUGAUAGAAUCUUGCAGGACUGGAGAGGCCAAACUGGGGGGUGUUAGUGGCAAAGGUGGGGGGGUUUCCCUUUGUCUGCUGAAAAAGAGUUCCUGACAGCCUGGGACCAAGGAAUAUGGAUGGAGAAGCACUGAUGGGUGACAGCCUCCCCAUCACCUGGCAGCAACAUUUAUCCCCUUGCCUGUGGUUGCAAAACGUGUUUGUGUGUGUGUGUGUGUGUGAUAUUAAAUAAAAAAAAUAAGUUAAACGGGGACUCAAAGGUUCUUUGGCAGCCCUGGCAGGUGGCAGUGAGGUUUGUGAUGCACAUUCCCACGUGUGUCACCAGCUGGCACCGAGAGCUGCGGCCGCGCCGGCGCGGAGCUCUGUUGUGCUGCCAGGCCAGUUGCUUGGAAAAAGGAGAAGGAGGAAAAAAAAAACUAAACAAAACAAAGGGGAAAAACUCACCCAGACAGGCAGCAGCGGGCCCCAGCGUGGCUGAGGUUUCCAAGGCUACUGCCAGGCUGCAGCAGCACUGCUGGCUGGGACAGAGCCGCUUUUGGGGUCAUUUCGCACGGUUUUUAGUGUUUGAGUUGUUUGGGCCACUCGUGGCUCAGGUUGUGUGUUGGGUGGGGGGUUGCUGAGUGAGGAGUUGGGAUUUUUUGGGGAAGCCUUGCAGGUUUGGGGGCUGGGCAAUGAGAGCCUUUCUACGGAGCUCGGAGGGGUGUUUCCAGCUGAAACCCCACACCACGACCAUCGGGAGCCACAGAGGGGCCGACAUCGUCCUGCAGUCCGCAGGUGUCGCAGAUCGUCACGCAGCCCUGGAAUUCUCCGCCUCCGACAACAGCUUCAUCCUUCAGGACUUCAACUCCCCCCAUGGCACCUUUGUGAACAGCUGCCAGGUCCAGAAUGCGGCCGUGGGGGUGAGGCCAGGGGACAUCCUGCGCUUCGGCACCGCGGGAGCGGCCUUCGAGCUGGUGCUGGAUGGGGCUGCCCAGGUGUCCUGUCCCCCCUUGAAACGUCGCACGGGGUGGGCGGGGCAGCUCCAGGUGGUUGCAGAGCCCAAACCCUCGGCUCCCGUGUCUCCUCCCCGCCUGCCCUCACUGCAGGGGCAGCAUUCCCCUGGCUCUCCAGGCAGUGGCACUCCAGGAGCCCUCGGCCACCAGCCCCAUCCUCCUCUGCCGAGGAGACCCCUGAGCGCCUGGGACAGGAGCGUGGCCAGCACUGCCUCUCUGGACACCUUCAGCAGGAGCUCUGCGGUGAGGCCAGUCUCAACCAGCUUCUCAGGUGAUUGUGCAAGCAGUGUGGGGGGAGCCCCUUCCCUGGGGACUCACAACACUGAUCUCCUCCAGCAGGAGAAGGGUGAGAAGCUGCUGCAGCUGGAGAAGGAAAUGGGUCACCUCUCUGGUUUGGAAGCAGAGUCAAAGCGCAAAGACGUGGUGAUAAGAGAUCUGCAGGAGGAGGUCGCGGCCAUGGCAAAGAAACUGGCCCAGGCGGCGGCGAGGAACGAGGUUGAACUGACCCAGAAACUGCUGGCCUUCAACCAAGAGCUGGGAGCCAAAACAGAGGAGAUCAAAGCCCUGAGGGAACAGAUCAGUGACCUGCAGAAAGGCUCGAGCCAGGUUUUCAGCCAUUCCCUCUAUGAAAGAGACCUGGAGAUUGGGAGGCUCCGGAGAGAAAGUGAGAAGUUGAAGAAGGACCAGGCUUUGAGUGCAGGUCUGGUGAGCAGCCUGCAAAGGGAGGUCCUGCAAAAGGAGCAGAAAAUUCAGCAGCUCCAGCAAGAGAUUGAAAAACUGAAGAAGGAAAAUCGAGAGAAGGACAACCAGCUGGCAGUUGUUUCUGCCAAGUGCUCGAGAAUUAAAGAGGAGACGAAGCGUGAGCUCGGAGAGCAAGAAAUAAUCAGCUGUCGAAAUCGCAUUGGGGAGCUGGAACGGGACCUGGAGGGGCUGCAGAUGGAAAUCCAGAAGCAUUGUGCCAAGCAGGAGAACGUCCAAAAUCAGCUGGCUGAGAAAGCCCAGGCGGAGGAGGAGCUGAAGGCAGCCGGUGCCCGGCAGGCGGUGCAGCUGCGGGAGAUGGGGCGCAGGGAGCGGCUGCUGCGAGCGGAGCUGCGGCGGGCAGGGGAGCAGCUGGAGUCCUUCAAGACCCAAGUGAUGCAAGUCUGUUCUCCAUCAGCAGCAGGCAGCACAGGGAAAUCCAUAACAGAGGAGCAGGUGAUAGAGAAGGUCAGGCAAAUCUGUGAUGAGAACCAGCAGAGUCAUGAGAGGGAGAAGUGUCUGCAGGAGGAGUUAAGCUCCAGGCUCAUGAAGGAGAAGGAGGUGUCUGCAAACAUUGAGGUGCUCAAGAAUUCCCUGCAGGAGCUCCAGGCUUGCCUGAGGAGCUCCUGCAGCAGCACCAACCUGCAAGAGAAGCUGGAGCAACUGGAGGUGGUGUCCCUGGAUCCGUCCAUCUCAGCCAUCAGGACAGCAGUGGUGGACAUGGCACGUGUCCCCCUCUCCUGGCUGGAGGACAUGGAGCAGCUCCUGGCCAGUGCAGGGAUGGACCUGUGCACCUCUGGCCAAGGGCUGUUGGCUGCUUUCAGGAGCUUGUUGGAAAAGACUCAGGAAGUGGCACAGAGGAAUCAGCUGUUGCAGGAGCAAUUAGAGAGGCUCCAGCAGUCACAGGCAGAGAUGCUACAGGAGCACACAAAGGAGCUGGAAGCAAAACAUGAGCAAGACUUGGAGAUAAAAAUCCAGCAAAUUAUCCUGGAAAAGGACAAGGAGAACAAAGAGAUUCUAGAAAGCACUCUUGCUGAGGAGAAGGACAAGUGCAAGAAAUGUGUGGAGGAAGAGCAGAAGAAGAUCCAAGAGCUGGAAAGCCACCUGAAAAGCAUGAAUGAGGCAACAGCAAGGAAGGCAGAGGAGCAGGAGGUGAUAGAGGGCAAACUGAAAGAAGCUUUGCAUGAGCUGGAGGAAACCACUGCCCGAGAGGUGUUGCUACAGCAGCAGGUGCUUGUACAGGAUGAGCAGCUCAGGGCUGUCCAGGAGGACAAGGAGCUACAGAGGCAGAAACUGCAGGAAGAAAUAGCAGGAUAUAGGGAGCAAAGCAAGCAGCAUUCCCUGACCAUCGUGGCUUUAGAGGACAGGCUGCUGGAGGCCACACAGGAGCAGAAGAUGCUGGAGGAGGAAAAGGCAGCACUUGUGGAAAAAAUGGAAGUAAUUCAGCGCGGUGCCCACAGGUCAGCAUCGGGAACUUGGCUGGAGGUUUGUCCUGCCAUGGAGUCACACAUUUGUCUGAGGAAACUGCAGGAGGAACUGGCAGUGGCACAGAGCAUGCUUCUGGAAAAGGAGGCCUUCAUUGGCAGGCUCAGCAGGGAGCUGUCAGAGAGCAGAGCCAGAGUGUCAGACAUGAGAGGGGAGCUGAGCGAGGAGCAGAAGGUGGAGCUGGAGAAGAACCAGAGCCGCCUGAAGCACCGGGAGCGGGAAGUGAACCAGCUCAGGGAGAAGCUAUCCCAGAUGUCCAACCUUGUGGAGGAGAAGGAUCGAUCCCUGAAAGCAGCAGCUGAAGAGUUAAGGCGAGCCCAGGCCCGCUGCCAGGUGCUGAGGGACGCUUCCCAACAAACGGUGGAAAAGCCUGAGGAUGCUCCCAGGACACCAGUGCGGGUGGGUGAAGCCUCCCAGAGGGUGCCCCCGUUGGACUUGGCUGACCUCGGUGCAAAAUGCCGAGGCCUCAGGCACCAGGAAACGAUCCAGCGGCAAAAGGAAGGUUUGGCUGAGCUCCGGGAGAGAGUAAAGAUGCUGGAGAAGAGGCAGAGCUCAGGUGCUGUGAAGAAGGGUUUGGAGCCACGGGUGAAAGACUUACCGGAGGAGAUAGUCCAGCACACAGGGCUUGAGAUGGAGCCUGCACCCAUGUCAGGAACAAAAUUGAAGGCUGGCAAGGCUCCUGGCCACGUUCCUAAUGGGGGGUCCCUCAGGAUCACCAAUAGGGCAGCGAGUUUGGAGAUGGCUGAGGUGACAGACCCCAGUGAGAAGAUGUACCUUGAUGUGAUCGGUGCUCUGGGAAGCCUGAUGGAGAUGAAGGAGCUGUCAGGAAUGCAGCCUCUGCAGCACCUUCCUCUGGAGGAGAGGGAAGAAGUGGGACUGCAGAGACAGAGGGCCCUGGAGCUGCUGUACAAAAAGAUCAGGAACCUCCAGCAUCGCCUGGAAAGGAAAGAAGAAAUGCUAAAAGAUUAUGAGGGAAGCAUGGAGCAGCUAAGGCAGAACCAAGCGUCCCUGCGAAGGUGUCAGGAGGAGAUGUCCAACCUGGAAGAUGAAGCCCACAGGGAGGCAGAAGAGAAGGCUCUGCUGCGAGAGGCUCUGGAGAGGACACAGCUCCAGCUGGAGCAGGAGAAGAGGCUGCGACGAGCGGCCAAACGGCACAAGCCUGGAGCCACAAAGCCUCUCUGCUCAGGUAAGCCAAGAGCCAAAGAGCACAGAGCAGAUGUUGUCAAGAAGGGAAGCUCACAGGGGAGGCACCACAGGGGUGUGCAGCAGGUGAUGGUCUGCGGUAGGAACGAGUCACCCCUAUAAACUCUGUGAUGGUGGAGCAGGCUUGAGAUGUGGGUGCACUUCGAGUAGCUCCUGUUGGUAUCCUGUAGCUCCUGGGCACACUGGUGUGACAGUACAGUGUGUAGGACCUAAUUUGCCAGCAGUCUGUCCCCCACACAGCAUGGUGGGAUUUAUGGCAAUGGAAGAGGUGGUGAGGAUACAACCCAGCCUAUACAUGUGUGUAUAUGUAUUUGUGUGUGUAAAUACAGCCAUGAUGUGUGAAGUCAA